AUGUCCCGAGAUGACGUCUCUUACAGCUGUGGAUCUUGUGGUUACCCUUUGAACUUGACCUCUUCCAAUCGAAUCGCCUCUGGUAUAGGCUCUGAGUAUCGCAAAUCCAUCAAGAACGGUCUUGUAUCCUUUCUAUCUGUUGAUCUUAGUCGAUUCACGCAGGUCGAUGAGGUACAUUGCUUUCCUGUCAGUUGGGGCCGUUACCGAUUAAAAACUAAACUCCUUUGCCGUAAAUGUGGGGUUCAUAUUGGGUACGGGUACGGGGAUGCGCCUGCUCUUUGCGGUUUUGACUCUUCAGAUUCGUCUAGUGCUGCUUAUAAAAAGUUUAGCUUAAAGAUCAGAGCUGUGCAGCCUUCGGAAGAGUGCUAA